AUGGACUUCCAGCGCCGAGCUCACCCUUACCCCAUCCCGGAGGAUGAAGAGGUUGCACACAAGGUCGCUCCUGAUGCUCACAACUCCGCAGGAAACGAAGGCGAGAAACCGGUGUCAAAACUGCAACGUAGGCACAGUGACAUAAAACUCUACAAAGAGUUUUGUGACUUUUAUGCGAGAUUCAACAUGGCAAACGCACUUGCAAAUGCCAUUUGUGAGCGCUGCAGGGGUGGCUUUGCCCCUGCCGAAAAAAUUGUCAACAGCAACGGUGAGCUGUACCACGAGCAGUGCUUCGUCUGCGCCCAGUGCUUUCAGCAGUUUCCCGAAGGGCUCUUCUACGAG